AUGAGAUGAUGAGAGUCAUACGGCAGUUUCAUAAUGGAGACGUGUGGACCGGACUCAGUCGGACAGACGGUAACGCUCCCUGGGUCUGGUCCGAUCAGAGCCCAUCCACGUUCAUGCCGUGGGCUCCCAAUCAACCGAACAACUGGGAAAGUAAUCAGUACUGCGUGAUAGUGACUCCAGGGGCAGAGCUUAAUGAUCUGGACUGUAAAAGAACCCUUCCUUCUGUUUGCUAUACUGAGAGACGCAAACAGACGGUGAGACUGGAAGUCAACUCAAGUCAAAAUGUGAAUGAUCCUGCAGUGAAGACAGAGAUUCUGCUGCAGGGAAGAGACUUAAGGAGAAUGGACUAACAGAUGCAAAACUCUCAUUGAAGAUUCAACCAGAUGGAAAUGUCUUCCAGAAGAGGG